AUGUCAGGAUGGAGGGGAUCUAGAUUAGGGGGUGGUGGAGGAGGAGGAGGCGGCGCGUCGCCGACGGCGGAUCAUAUUUCGUCUUCUCGAACAGUCCGGCUAGGGAAGGUCCAGCCGCAGGCACCGGGUCAUCGAACUGUGUUUUGUAAUGAUCGUGAAGCCAACGCACUCACCAAAUUCAAGGGCAAUUCUGUGUCAACAACGAAGUAUGACGUGUUGACAUUUUUACCCAAGGGGUUAUUUGAACAGUUCAGGCGGGUGGCUAACCUCUAUUUUCUCAUGAUCUCAAUCUUGUCGUGCACUCCAGUGAGUCCUGUAAGUCCGAUAACAAAUGUGCUUCCUCUGUCCCUGGUGCUUCUUGUAUCUCUCAUUAAGGAAGCAUGGGAAGACUGGAAGCGUUUUCAAAAUGACAUGGCAAUCAAUAAUUCUACUGUAGACGUGUUUCAAGAUCAGAAGUGGGUGUGUACUCCUUGGAAGAGGCUGCAGGUUGGAGACAUUAUUAGAGUUAGGCAGGAUGGAUUCUUUCCAGCUGAUCUAUUAUUCCUAGCUAGCACAAAUAUGGACGGUGUUUGCUACAUAGAGACUGCAAAUCUGGAUGGUGAAACAAAUUUGAAGAUUAGAAAAGCAUUAGAAAAGACUUGGGAUUAUUUGACACCGGAGAAAAUAUCUGAAUUUAAAGGAGAGGUACAAUGUGAGCAACCAAAUAAUUCACUGUACACCUUUACUGGCAACUUGAUUAUUCAAAAGCAAACCUUGCCUCUGAGUCCAAAUCAACUUCUAUUACGGGGGUGCACUCUCAGGAACACUGAGCACAUCGUUGGAGUUGUCAUUUUCACGGGACAUGAAACUAAGGUUAUGAUGAAUUCAAUGAAAAUUCCAUCCAAGAGAAGUACCUUGGAGAAGAAACUUGACAAGCUUAUAUUAACUCUGUUCAGUGUUCUCUUCUGCAUGUGUCUGUUGGGUGCCAUAGGCAGUGGAAUAUUCAUAAAUCGGAAGUACUACUAUUUGAGGUUUGACAGUUCAGAGAAACAGUUUGAUCCUGACAAUAGAUUUGUGGUUGCUGUUUUGACUAUGUUUACUCUGAUUACUCUCUAUUCUCCAAUCAUUCCCAUCUCUCUUUAUGUUUCUGUUGAGAUGAUCAAAUUUAUUCAGUCCACUCAGUUUAUCAACAAUGACUUGUGCAUGUACCAUGCUGAGAGCAAUACCCCUGCAUUGGCACGAACAUCUAAUUUAAAUGAGGAACUUGGGCAGGUUGAGUACAUAUUUUCAGAUAAAACCGGAACUCUGACCAGAAAUUUGAUGGAAUUUUUUAAAUGUUCAAUUGGAGGAGAGGUAUAUGGUACUGGUGUCAGCGAAAUAGAGAUGGGAACAGCUCAGAGGACUGGAGGAAAAAUUGAGGUUCAGAAGGCAACAAAUGCAGCACUUGAAAAAGGUUUCAAUUUUGUUGAUGCACGGCUUAUGCGGGGUGCUUGGCGGAAUGAACCUAAUCCUGAUUUUUGCAAGGAAUUCUUCAGGUGCCUUGCAAUAUGUCAUACUGUACUUCCUGAAGGUGAUGAUUCCCCUGAAAAAAUUAAAUAUCAAGCAGCAUCUCCUGAUGAAGCUGCUUUGGUUACAGCGGCGAAGAACUUUGGCUUCUUUUUCUACAAGCGUUCUCCAACAACUAUUUAUGUUCGCGAGUCACAUGUUGAGAAGAUAGGAAAGGUUCAGGAUGUUCCGUAUGAGAUUCUGAAUGUCCUUGAGUUCAACAGUACAAGGAAGCGCCAGUCUGUGGUAUGUCGCUAUCCAGAUGGUAAACUUGUCCUCUACUGCAAGGGUGCAGAUACUGUAAUAUAUGAAAGGUUGGCAGAUGGAGACAGAGAUUUGAAAAGAACAACUAGGGAACACUUGGAACAAUUUGGAGCUGCUGGAUUGCGUACUCUUUGCCUGGCUUAUAGAGAUUUAAGUUCUGAUUCAUAUGAAAAUUGGAACGAGAAAUACAUUCAGGCAAAAUCUUCAUUACGGGAUAGGGAGAAGAAAUUGGAUGAGAUUGCGGAGCUCAUUGAGAAGGACCUUGUUUUGAUUGGAUGUACUGCUAUAGAAGAUAAGCUUCAGGAGGGAGUACCUGCUUGUAUAGAGACCCUCUCUCGAGCUGGAAUCAAGAUUUGGGUGCUGACUGGGGACAAGCUGGAAACAGCAAUAAAUAUAGCUUACGCAUGCAAGUUGAUUAGUAACAACAUGAAGCAAUUUAUAGUCAGCUCAGAAACUGAUGCUAUUAGAGAAGUUGAAGACAGAGGUGAUCAAGUGGAGCUUGCCCGAUUUAUGAAAGAAACUGUGAAGAAUGAGCUGAAAAGGUGUUACGAGGAGGUGCAACAGUAUCUUCGUUCUGCAUCUGGUCCAAAGUUGGCUCUCGUGAUCGAUGGGAAGUGUUUGAUGUAUGCAUUGGACCCUAGUCUACGAGUAAUGCUGCUAAAUAUGAGCUUGAAUUGCAGUUCAGUAGUUUGCUGUCGAGUUUCUCCUCUACAGAAGGCACAGGUGACAAGCUUAGUAAGGAAGGGUGCAAAGAGGAUUACCCUUAGUAUUGGUGAUGGUGCUAACGAUGUCAGCAUGAUUCAAGCUGCUCAUGUUGGUGUCGGAAUAAGUGGGCAGGAAGGAAUGCAAGCAGUGAUGGCCAGUGAUUUUGCCAUUGCACAGUUCCGCUUUCUCACAGAUUUACUCCUUGUUCAUGGAAGGUGGUCGUAUGCUAGAAUAUGCAAGGUUGUGACAUACUUCUUUUACAAGAACUUGACAUUUACUCUCACUCAAUUUUGGUUCACCUUCCAAACUGGAUUUUCUGGUCAAAGGUUUUAUGAUGAUUGGUUUCAGUCUCUGUACAAUGUUAUUUUCACCGCGCUGCCUGUAAUCAUUAUUGGACUUUUUGACAAGGAUGUUAAUGCAGCUCUUUCCAAGAAAUACCCCGAAUUGUACAAGGAAGGAAUAAGAAAUACAUUCUUCAAGUGGAGAGUUAUUGCAACUUGGGCUUUUUUUGCAAUUUAUCAAUCACUGAUUUUGUAUUAUUUUGUGAUUGCUUCAAGUACGAGUGGCAUGAAUUCAUCUGGCAAGAUGUUUGGGCUGUGGGAUGUCAGUACAAUGGCUUUCACUUGUGUUGUCGUGACUGUCAAUUUGCGUCUCCUCAUGAUGUGCAACACAAUUACUAGAUGGCACCACAUUAGUAUUGGAGGAAGCAUACUAGCAUGGUUCAUAUUUGUCUUCAUUUACUCAGGUGUUGUCUUGCCAAAAGAGCAGGAGAAUAUCUAUUUUGUCAUUUAUGUAUUAAUGAGUACAUUGUAUUUCUACAUCACUCUUCUUCUUGUUCCUGUUGCUGCACUCUUUUGCGACUUUGUAUACCUUGGGGUUCAAAGGUGGUUCUUCCCUUAUGAUUAUCAGAUUGUUCAGGAAAUUCACAGACAUGAGCCUGAUAACAGCAGGAUAGGAUUACUUGAAGUUGGAAACGACGACCUUUCGCCAGAUGAGGCACGGAGCUAUGCUAUAAUGCAACUCCCGGGACAGAAAUCAAAGCACACUGGUUUCGCUUUUGAUUCACCUGGCUAUGAGUCCUUUUUUGCAUCACAGGCAGGUGUUUAUGUACCUCAAAAGGCAUGGGAUGUGGCUCGGAGAGCCAGUAUGAGGACACGGCCAAAGACACCUUCAAAGAAUUGA